AUGUGGCCCUUCCUCAGCCGAGCUGUCUUCCCACCCCCCACUGAGGCCUGGCUCAGGAGGGCUUCCUCAGACCCCGAGGCCCAGGGCUGGGGGGCCUGGAGCCGGGCCGAGAAGACCCCUUUGGGCCCGGGGGCUGGGGACGGGGAGGAGGAGGAGACGGGGGAAGCGGAAGAACACGAGGAAGAUGCAGGCUUCCUGCUGCCUCUCCUGGAGAGGGGGCACCUGGCCGAGUGCCCAUUACCUGACCAGGAGCUGGAAGCCACCAAACUGAAGCUGUGGGCCAUGGAGCAGGCCCAGCGACCGAAGCCGCCUGGGGAGCAGGGCCCAGAGGGGGAAGAGGAAGGCGCCAGGGCCCUGCUGGCCGGGCAGCUGCUGAGCCCCGAGACAGCCCCUCUCUCCACAGACAGCCCCACGGAGGCGGUGGAGGCCGAUCACAGAUCCGUCUACGUGGGCAACGUGGACUACGGGGGCACAGCCCAGGAGCUGGAGGCCUAUUUCAACCACUGUGGGGAGAUCCAGCGGGUCACCAUCCUGUGCGACAAGUUCUCCGGACACCCCAAGGGCUAUGCAUACAUAGAGUUUGCCACCGAGAGCUCGGCCCAGGCCGCUGUGGAGCUGGACAAGAGCGUCUUCCGAGGCCGGGUCAUCAAGGUGCUGCCCAAAAGAACCAAUUUACCAGGGAUCAGCUCCACGGACCGCGGGGGCCUUCGGGGACACCCAGGCGCCAGGGGGGGACCCCUCCCCCACAGCAACUUCCAGGGCGGGGCCCGUUUCAGACCACGGGGGCGGAACCGGGGGUGCGGAAGAUUCUCGCCGUGGUAUUCACCGUAUUGA